GAGGAAAAAAAAAGGGGUACUUUUUUUUUUUUGUGGCUGGAUCGGAUCUGGGUUUUCAAUUAUCGUUUGAUUCCCGGUUUAGUGUUGGAUUCAUCGUACUGAACUAGGAAAAGAGAGGGAUAAAAUGGGAAUAGUUUUUACGCGGCUGUUUUCGUCCUUGUUCGGUAACAAGGAAGCUCGGAUCCUCGUUCUGGGGCUUGACAAUGCCGGAAAAACCACCAUUCUCUAUCGACUUCAGAUGGGUGAAGUAGUCUCCACAAUUCCAACAAUCGGGUUCAAUGUGGAAACUGUGCAAUAUAACAAUAUAAAGUUUCAAGUUUGGGAUCUAGGUGGACAGACGAGUAUCAGGCCAUACUGGAGGUGCUAUUUUCCAAACACGCAAGCUAUAAUAUAUGUUGUUGAUUCGAGUGAUACUGAUAGGCUGGUUGUUGCUAAAGAAGAAUUUCAUGCAAUAUUGGAGGAGGAAGAGCUAAAAGGUGCUGUGGUCCUCUUAUUUGCGAACAAACAGGAUCUUCCGGGUGCACUUGAUGAUGCUGCAGUAACGGAGGCAUUAGAGUUACACAAGAUAAAGAACCGACAAUGGUCUAUCUUUAAAACUUCUGCUAUUAAAGGAGAAGGCCUUUUCGAGGGCUUAGACUGGUUGAGUAAUACACUUAAAUCAGGCGGUGGCUAAAUUUUUCGGACAAGAAAUUUCACAGGCAAUUUUCGUGAUUUGUGUCGAUACUGAACCAAGGGAAGUUUGACAAUUACCGGUAUUGUUUUGUACUGAGAUUUCAUUAGUAGAUUGUCUAGCUUGCAUUUUUCAAAUAGUUGAUAUAGAAUCAUAUUUCGAAGUUUUACAGGCACAACUAAUAUAGCCUAGCUCCUUCUUUUGUCGCGUCAUUAUUCUAUUACUUUACAACGUUGUUUCGUUUCCGUUUCAUUUGUAGAUUACUUUUUCGUACAUUUUUCUCUUUAUUUUUAUUGUCAACAAUUUAUUUU